AAUAGCGACCAGACGGCGUCCACGGACAGCUUGGCAUCGACACGGCUGAGGCGACGGUGUUUUCGUUGGAUAGUUCGCAGUUUGUCUCGACAGUUUGUCCGAAACCAGAAGUUUGGAAACAUGCCGCCGAAAAGAGUGAAAAGCAGCUCCCAAUCCUUCCCGACAGUCGCAGCUGGCAGUAAAGCUUGGGAAGCAGGACUCGCUGCGGCACCCUUAGAGGAGGCUGGCUGGACGGCGUGCCUCUCCCUAGUGGCAGCAGCAAGCCCGAAGGACGAAGAGUACACCCAGGCGCUCUUGCGAGCUGUGCAACAGCGUCAGCGACGGCUUUUCGUGGCCAUCACCUGGGACGCCAUGCUGGAAAAGAUCAGUGAGCUGGGAAAUCCCAAAGCCAAGAAACCAAAGGAUGUUCCUUUGUUUUACGAGGUGACGGAAUCUGCCAAGGUCAUCAUGGAUGCAGGGGAGGAACUUCCCCUACAACUACUGGGCAUGCUGGUGAAGUUUCUCCUGCUGGAUAUGAAGGGCAAAGAUUUGCAGAGAAGGUUGGCUGAGGAGAAGGCUGUAGACGAAACAUCCAGAGUUAAGACUGGAACUCCAGCCAGGGACAAGGGGGGUGCUGCCAUGAAGGCCCCCAUCAAAGGCGAUAAGGGAAAGAAAGCUGCCGAAGUUCCAAUGCCAGCCAAGCAGACCAAACUUAAGCGUAGAGGCCAAGAGAUUGAUGACGAGCCUGAUGAUGGUCCUCAGCUCUAUAUCCUCCUGCUGGGCUUCUACCAGCCACAGCUCUUAUCAGUGCUGGACUCGCUGGGUGUUCAUGUCUCCAGCAUCAUACGACUGAGCUCCAAGGCCCCUGAACUGUCCCAAGGUCAUGGCACUUUCUCGGCUGGAGAUGAAGCUAUGGAGGUCCAGAAUCACAAGAGGCAGAAGCAGAUUGACACAUUCUGGGCAAACCUACAGGCAGGGCUAAACAGUGGCCUGCCCCGGUCCAGACUGUUCGACGUGGCCCAGCUGUAUUACACACUGAAGGAUGACGUGGUUCCCCUGGACAGACAAGAUCACGGAGCCAUGCUGGCCUUGGGGACAGGUGUCUUCACAGGUGUGGCAUCCCUCCUCUAUGACCUCCUGGAGAAGAGGAAGCAGCAUCUGUACUACCUGGACAAGCUGAGGUUCAUCAGGGUUCCCAGUCUGGCCAGCAUGGAGCCACAGGGCACUGGCUUAGAGAGCCUGAUAACUGUCCCGGUACCUCAAGUGUUGUCAUCGACAAAGAAGUGCAUUCCUGAGGAACUACCUCAUGCCACUACAGGGGUGGACACACAGUACUACUGCGCCCUUCUGGAGUCCAUCCCCCCCGAGGCCCAGUCUGUACCCCUGCUUCUGCACUGCAUGCUGGAACAGGUGGUGGCAAUGCAGGAGGGGAUUUUGCUGACCGACAGGACUGAGGCCAAGCAACGUGCAAAAGGGCAGGACAUCCUGAACACAAAGCAGCCAAAGGAGAAUUUUGGGGACAUGAUGCUGGAGCAGGAGGGGAAGACACCUUUGCUGCUGAACUAUCACGAUGACAGGAGUAAAAGGCUGCACUAUGUCCCUGUACAGUAUGGCAUGGAUGCCAUGAAGGUGGAGGCCAUGAUGCUGCAGAACAUGCCGCUGUUUAAGCUCCUCCACUCAGGUCGUCCUCCGGUAGAUGACCAUCUCUGGCUGGCCAGACUGCAGGAGCUCAUGUGCUUCUGCUGUGACAAGCCCCUGAACUGGCUGGAGGUGGAGCGAGCACUCCUUCAGUUUGUGUUUGAGAGCAUGCCGCUCACAGAAACGGACCAGGAUGGCCUUCUGCUUCAAACCAGGCCUCCAGAAUCAGGCCCCAGCCCCUGGGAUGACCCCAUCUCCUUCUCCCAGGGCCUUGAGCUUCUCCAUGUCAGACCAGGCACAUCAGAAGCAGGCGAGCUGAUCCAGAUCAGCGAGGAGACGAUCCGGAAAGUUCAGCGGCGCCGCCUCACGGCCUUGCAUUAUGCUGAGUGCCACAGUGCUGCUGUGUUGGCUCAGGUUCUCCAUGAUGCCUCACACACUUACUGCUGCAUGGACACCUUCCGCCGUCAACUGGACAGAUCCCUUUGUAUCGUGUGUCACAACCCUGUGGGCCCAGAGCGGCAGAGCAGGGAAGUGUGGAACACAAGGCUUCAUACAGACGUGGGCUUCAGGAGGUACCUGGAGCAUGUGGCUGACGCUGUUUCAGACUGGAUGCAUCAGGAGGAGAGGAACUGGAAAGGUAUUGGGGAGCAGCGGGGUAGAGAGAGCCUAUGUGAGCCCCCUGUGUCGGGACAAGUGUGGCCCCAGGAGAAGAGCAUGUCCCCCAGCAGCACGGGAGGUUCACUGAAGCCCCUGGAAGAUGUGGUGAUGGACCCAUACGUACGGAAAGACUCCCUGAAGGCAUGGAAAAUUGCGCAGGACAAACUGAAAGAAGAGGAACCCACCAAUACAGUCAAGAAAGACAAAGGGAAGAAGACCUCUUUAAAGGUGCAAGACCACUCAGAGACCUCAAAUGGCAGCAAAGACACCCCCCUGCCCAGCCAGCAGAGCCUGGAAGAACUCCUGAAGACCCCUGAGCCUGCAGUGUGUUCCAGAGAGGGCAGCGAAGACAUACAUCUAGUCGAGGAUGAGUUCAUAGGAUUCACCGGAUACAGUAUGAAUGGGACUUUGGUCCAUGUGUCAGGCCAGAUUCAAUCGCUGUUUCCUGCAGAUGGAGGACACAUCAGAGUGGAGACUGUGCACUUUGCAGAAGGUUCGACGUUUGUCCAGGUGAGCGUGACAAAGGACAAUCAUCACUUUGUCACCCACAUUGCUGAGCCGAGGAGGAGCGCACAGUGGAGUAAGAAGAAUACCAUUUCCGGGGUCAUCAUGGCAGUUCCGGGAAGAGUCCAGAUGAGAGGGACAGUUCCCUAGCCCCCCCUGCUGACUUGUCUUCCUCCACAGAAGAAGCCUUGAGAGCCGACAAACCUCUGCAGUCCUCCAGGUUCCCAGACUGGUCUCCAUUCCAGACCCUGGCCGUGUCUGUCCCCACUGGCCUUGUGCUGCGCUUCUUCAGUGAAGAGUCACCAG